AUGAUGGUUGACUGCCCGAGUGAAUGUGCAUCAGGAUGGUUGUAUUACGAUUCUCAUUGCUACAAAAAAUACAACACUCCUUCAACGUAUACACAAGCGGUCAGCGCUUGUCAAAGCCUUGGAGCCGAAUUGGUGAGCAUUGACAGUUUCGCAGAGAAUGAAGCGUUGAGAAAAGCCUAUGACACAAACACCUUGGUCAAUGAAGCAGAUGAAACAUGGAUUGGGUUGAAGUACAUGAGUGGAUCCUGGAUGUGGUCCGGUGGAUCAUCGGCAAGUUACUUGAAUUGGGCUCCUAGCCAGCCAGCGUCCAAUCAAUGUGCUCAAAUGAUAACUGAUCCUUUGAACAAUGCCACGUAUCAAUACCUUCGUGGCGGAUGGAAGACGUACGAUUGUUCCAAGACAUCAGCCAGUUAUAUUUGUGAACAACCUGUUAUAGAUUGGGAUUAA